CACUACUUUCGUUUUAUUCCGGAAUUCCAUAGUGUGUGUUCGUUUAAUUUGCUUAUCACAUUGAUCAGCUGUUGGUGUAUACUUGUACGUCGUUUAUUCUACCUUUGUAGGGUGCUGUCAUGUAUGAGAUGAAUGUAGAAGACCGGGGAAAACUGACUUCUAAUAGAACUUUUUUGGUGAAAAAUAUCACUAAGACAAUGAAUGUGGUAGACAAACUUAUGGAGGAUGGUACCAUAACAGAUGAUUUGAAACAGGACAUUGAGGCUAAACUUACUGAUAACGAUAAGAACAGGAAGCUGCUUGAUAUCAUUCCGAGGAGGGGACCAAAAGCAUUCAAAGCAUUCCUCAAUGCCCUCGUUAAAACAGAUAAUGCCUUUUCUGCAGAACAGUUAAGCCCUGGAGCAGGAGCAAUAUACAAAGUAUCGAUGACAUCUAGUGAGAAAGGAAUGGUUUCUCCUGAGGAAGAGAAGCCACAAAACCAACAUUCUGAGAUUAUCCUCCCUAAAAAAUGGCCAACUGAACAAGACUUUGUGAAAGAUUUUAUAGUAAAAACGUGUAGUCAUUCAGAAAAGGGAAAGUUGCAAAGUGACAAUUAUUACAAAAUGAGGAGUAAGCCUCGUGGACGGGUCUUAAUGUUUAAUAACUUUGUGGCUGUAGCUCACAAAGUAGAAGAAGAGGAUGGGCUUUGGAAAGAAAAGCUACAGAUGAGAGAUGGAACAGAAAAGGAUGAACAAAGUCUUCGGAGAUUAUUUGAACAGCUACAUUUUGAUGUAGAAGUAAAAAAAGAUAGAAAAGUUGAGCAAAUGAGAUCAGACAUAGCUGAGGAGAAAGCACAUCGUUUCCACAAAGAUGCUGAUUGCUUCAUUUUGGUUUUCCUGAGCCAUGGUUCAACGGAAGGGAUCUAUGGAACAGAUGGAAAUGUUCUUACAACCGACGAAGUGAAAAGCAGUUUAAAUAACAAGAACUUCGGCAGCAUGACGAACAAACCUAAACUGAUUUUUAUUCAGGCCUGUUGUGCAGAUACGUAUGACAAGGGAGCGAACGUGGCUGACAAUAUGGCUAAAGAUAUGUCAGAUGCAAGGAAAUCAAUGUCUGCCUUGAAUCUCAAUGAUCCUAAACUGGAGAAUGUAGAUGAGGCUGACAGCAAGGUUGAGAAAUCACCAUCUGAUGCAGAUAUGUUUAUAGCUAAUGCUACUACACAGGAUAAUGUUUCUUUUAGAAACACAAAGUUUGGAUCUUGGUUCAUCCAGGCCCUAGUGUAUAUCUUCAGGAACUACGCCUGUCAGACCGACCUCCUCGAUAUGCUCACUCUGGUGAACAAGCUAGUAUCCGAGGGCAGAGCCUCAGAUCGAGAUAGAAACAUUGCAGUGGCGGUUUCUGUGUUUGAAUCCACACUCAGGCACAAGUUGCACUUUUUUCCCUGAUUGACCGAGGUUGUCACUCAUUCUCCACAAGAUUAACUCGCUUCAUCUGAUACAAAGUGUCUGCGAGCUUGAAGUGUUGUACAUAUUAGUUCAUCAUCCACCCAACACCUCAUCCAUUUCACUACUGUAAGAGCUUUGAUAAUAAGAUAUGGCCAGUUGCCACCAAUAAUAUUAAAGCUGUAUAUGUCACUUCAAUUGUUAACUAUAUUAUAGGUCAUGAUCUACAUUCAAGCUGACAAUGCAAGGAUCAAAUAUGUUUUUUAAAGCAUGACAUUUAUCCCUACAAUACUUAAGGUUUAGGUCAAUGAUAAAGAUAUACAUGUAGAUAAAAAAUGAAAUUAUCAAAACAACCACUGGCAUUAGUUCCGUGCAUCUUUUUCUUACAUUUUGUGAUAAGGUUGAAGGUCAAAAUAAAAAGGCUGCUUGAAUGAAAUGCCUACAUGCACUCAAUAAGUUUUGGUAAAUGAUUGAAGUGGAAACAUUUUUAAUGUCUUUUCAAGUUGUGGAAGGCCUAGGGUAAGGUCAUUUACCACUGACCACCUGUGAUGAACCACAUUAACCUAUAAUCACUUAUCGUUAAUAUCUUUAAUAUCUUUAAGGUUACAGGUUAUUUUUUUUAACAAAAGAGCAUUUGGUAAAACAAAAGAUGCUGGGAGAUGUUUUUAUUUGAUGAAGUGCAUAGUUCAGAAGUCAGUAAAAGUUAACCAUCUGAGAAAAAGAAAAAAAGAACAUGAAAAAGACAAAACAGUUACAAAACAUGUUUGUAGAGUGCCAGAAACUCUGACUAGUAUAAUGAUAUUUUGGCAAAGGUACCCAGUAUACAGCACUAUUUUCUGAUGUUUUUUUUCGGGUCUGAUAUAUAGUGGGCCUCAUGGUUUCAUGUAUACAUGUAUGUGUAUUGUUUUAAUAUUUUUCUUUUUCUCUUUUUAUUGAAAGAGAUUUUAAUCGUAUUAAGGCACUCAUUGUCACACAAAUGUUUAUAAAUGUUGAGGUUCUCUGUGUCCAAUUGAUAUAUAUAUUGUAAAACUAGACACCUGUAGAAUUGUAGAGCAGAAGUGCUAACUAUUGUCUAAUGAUGCAGCAUCCAAUUAUAAAGCAUUUAGUGAUCAAAAGUGCUACUUAUAUUGUAUGUCUUUAAAUUUCUAUUGGAAACAUGUACAUACAUCAUGCUAUCCAGAGUAAUAGGGACGAAGUGUCUGACCAAAACACCUCUACGUAUUCAGCACAGAUGAGUUCUUGGCUUAAGAAACACAAAUCGUCCCGUCCAGGUUUAGACCACACACUUGCAUAUUCAUCUGCAUGUUCAUUAGCUCAGAUGUUCACCUGAAUUAUCAUUAGCUCAGAUAUUCACCAGAACUUUCAUUAGCUCAGAUAUGCACAUGCAUUUUCAUUAUAUAGAUACUUUAUUUACUGAGCUAAGCUUUGCUUACAAAUUAUUGUCGCAGAUCGUUUAGGCCAUGUAUAACGUUAUUAUGGAUGUUUCCGUAGGUAAGGUCUCAGAACUGUAUCACAGACAAUGCCCAGUCAAGUCUAGAGUCUGUACCAUCAAUGAACAUUUAACGGAUUGGGUGUGUUCUGUAAGUUUGUACUUUUUUGUUCGCAUGUGACUCCUCCAAUAACAAAAGGGACCACGCCAUAAGUUAUAUAAAAAAAACAAUUUAUUGAUAGUUUAUAAAAUAUAAAUGCAACAAGAAGAAAGAGCCUGACUGAUUUGAAUUAUAAGAGUACAUAUUGCCUAAGCCUUCUCAAUACUUCGGGGAAAAUAGCGUACCUGGGCGAGAUUGGUGUUGUAUUGUAAGAUUUAUAUAGAGUGAUGCGAAGCUUUCCCAGGACAAGCAGACCUUGGGAAAUCGAAAUCAUUUUGGUACACUUUUUGAUCUGUCGAAUAUAUUAACUGGAAUUUUAUGUUAUGGCGUUAUCCCUCCGUAGUUUUGUCCAAAGUCUUCCUCUCUUGGUUCUCAACGACUGCAUUAUCAUGUCGUGAAGCUUCCAUAGGAGAGACAGGAUUUUGACCUUUCAUUUUGACACAAUGCAAGUUUUAUUAUCAUGACACGUGAUUUCGCUUUUAGAUUUAUUUUGUUUAAAUAGUUUUCUGUUUCCAACUGUCAUCCAUUUUGGUACGAAUACAUAGGUCGCUUUGUCGUGCUAUGGCCGAAAGGAGCGUCCAAAGACCUAGGUACUUAUUGUAGACUGAAUACGUAAUACACAUUGAUUGUUGACAUGAGGUGGGCUAAGCUGUGAUGAGGUAUAUAGAUAUGGACGAUGGACGGACGAUUUCUGACAUGGUUGUCGUUAGAUAUAGGGGUACCGAAGAGUAUACUCCAACAAUGUUAGAGGUUUUACACGGCGAGAUACUUUUGUCAGGCGCCGUCGGCAAAAUCAUAUCCGAUAGAAAAAGAGCCGACCAGCGCGCGGCCGCUUAUAUGUUAUAGGAGUACCGGAGAGUAGUGUAUACGUACAUGUAGGCAGGGUAUAUAUAGGCUGGUCAUUCAUGCCAAGUCCUGUGAUUGCGUCCCUCAAAAACCACCUGUUAACGUGUACAGUUUUAGAUGUAUAUAUAACUUUUAUAUAAAUGAAAAUUGUAUACAAUAGGUUACGUCAAUAAAUGCAUUGUGAUAUUGAACUACAUAGGUACACAGGCAAAAUGUAAUGAGGUAAAUUUGACCUGAAAAUGAGGUUAAUUUCACAUGAUGAAAAUUUCAUGUUAAUGUAAAAUUUCAGGUCAAUUUGACCCGAAAAAUCUUCAUAUGAUUUCAGAUGAAUGUUCAUGUCAAUUUACGGUAUUUCAGGUCAAGUUGACCUGUUGACCUGAAAAAAAACACUUCAAGAUGAAACUUUUAAUUCGAUGUCAAUUUGAGGUAAACUUUAAGUGAAGUUCAGGUGGUCAAUGUUCUGAAUUUGACCUGAAUUGACAUGAAGACAUUUUGAGUACUAGACCUGACGGGUAACUUCUACAUGUAGCGUUUGGAUGGGACAAACUUAUUAAUGAUUAAUUAUAUACUUUUAAUCUUGUAUUAACGAGACAUACCUGGAAAUGACAAGCCUUUAAAUUCAAUAUAAUGUGUGUAAUACUGUU